AUGCGGGGACUGUCUCAUCAGGGGUCCGGCUGCGGGAUGAACCGCCAGCCGGACGCCCAGCAGCAAGGCAACGAGAAUGCCGCCGCCGGUCCCUCAAGCUGCUGCCAGAAGCAACUGUCCCCUUGCAGCCACAGAUGCCGCUACGGGGGCUGCGGGACCCGCGGCGGAUGUGGUCCCGGGGCUGCGGAGGGUAGCUGUCCUGCGAAUGCGCUUCGGCGUUGGCGCCCUGUGCAGUGCCUGGGAGACGAGAGGCCGGAGAGGCGAAGCGGAGCUGCCAGUGUGGUGUAUGGAGACUGUCUGUACUUGUUUGGAGGCUAUGGGGGGCACUCCCGACUGGAUGACUUGUGUAAAUUCGAUUUCGUGCAACGGCGCUGGUCCAAAGUGAAAGCCGCAAACAGCCCGAGCGCCCGAGAGAACAACGGCGCCGUGGUGUAUCGUGGCUGCAUGUAUAUUUUUGGUGGGUAUUCUGGCAUUCAUUGGCUGCAAGAUCUGCAUGCGUUUGACUUCGAAAAGGAAGAGUGGCGUGAGAUAGAAACAGGAGGGCAGAAGCCGUCUGCUCGCUUUGGCUUCGUUUCGGCCUUGUGUGGAACGGAAGGGCUUUUGUAUCUGUAUGGAGGGUACGACGGUACCAGCUGGCUGCGAGACAUGCAUGAGUUGAAUCUUCUGUCGUCUCAGUGGGCGGAAACGAGGCAGCACGGGCAUCUUCCCUCUGGGCGUUCCUGCCCUUCGUGGGCUCACCACGAGAACUGUAUCUACAUGUUUGGUGGAUACGACGGCGUCAACCGCCUCAAUGAUUUUUUCUGUUUUCACAUUCCCACACGGUGCUGGACGUUGAUCGCGACGCAUCCACCUCCGACCUCUCCUCUGUCCGCUUCGCCGUCGUCGUCUUCUCCGUACACUUUCAGCUCUCUGCGCCAGGAUCGGGCGGUUUCGGGAGGGCACGUGGGAGCCAGCGGCAGGGACAGCGUCGACGCAACGAGGCCUUCAUCGCCCCGGAGUAGCCGUUCUUCGUCGCGACCAGCCGCGUGGGUGGAGGACUCCCGAGGCCGCGCGAGCACGUCCAACGUCGCGGGAAGCGUCGCAUUCAGGGGGGAUGAGGCCGAGAGGCUCUCGGCGAGCGGAAGUGGGGGCCGUGGGGCGUCGGGUGGCGGCGCUUACGGAUGGUACUCCCAAAAUGCAUCCGGCGCAAGCUUUGGAGGGGGCAGCAGUGGAGGCGCCGGUGCUGUGGUCUUCCCCCAGGCCGGGUCCGGCAGCGGAGGAGUCCGCGAGUCCUACGAGGCAACCGACGAGGGCGGAGUGACCUGCUGGCGCUGCACGCACAGUCAGAUUGGCGCGGGCGUGGGCGAAGCUUUCGUCUGCGCCCCUCGAGACAGCUGCCGCUCAGGCACAGCAGGCGGGGGCGCCGUAGGCGCGCCAUCGGCGAGAUAUUUCCAUGCCGCUGCAGCUCACGGAAACUGCCUUUAUAUCUUUGGGGGCUACAACGGACAAGAGAGGCUUAACGACCUCUACGUCUUCAAUUUGGACACGCAUGAGUGGCAGGUAGUCGAGGCGCGAGACACGCCCAGCGGGCGCAGCUCGAUGGUUGCUCAGGUCUACAAGAACGCGCUCUAUAUCUUUGGAGGCUACAACGGCCACAACGUUCUGAAUGACUUUCACGAAUUCAAAUUUCCUGCUGUGGCGAUCCCUCCUUCCACGUUCAUUGCUGACCUUCGUCGCCUCCUCGCGCCGCCGGACAGCGACGUCACGUUCGUGGUUGAAGGCGGCAGGCUUUUGCACGCGUGCAAGGCCAUUCUUGUGGCGCGUAGUGAACACUUCCGAGCGCUCUUCCAGUCCGGUUUGAAGGAGACAGAAAUGGCCAAGAACGGAGUUCCCAUCAGCAUCGGGGGCGUGCAGUACGAGGUCAUGGCUGCGUUGCUGGAGUACCUCCACGCGGACAUGGUCUCCAAGCGGCUGUCGUGCCAGCAGAUCGUGCAGCUGAUGAUUGCCGCCGAGCGGUUCUGCGUCGACCGCCUGAAGUGUCUCUGCGUCGAAGCGCUUCGCCGCAUGCUGAGCGUGACCACGGUUGUUGAGGUGCUCAUUGCUGCGAACGACCACAACAUCGUGGAUCUGAAGGAAAUCUGCCUCGACUACCUUCUUGAGCACGAGGAAGAAGUGAAGGACCGCAACGCCAUGCGCCCUCUCGUUGACCACUCCGCCCUCCUGUACGAGGUGUUCAUGCGGAGUCGACGUCGACGUUCCCCCAGCGGAAGCCGGGACUCCCACUCGGCGCACAGCCCCACUGGGGGCGGACGAGAGGGCCGGGCGGGCUCGGGAGGCGCGCGUGACCAACUGCGUGGCAUGGAUGUUCGCUUCAUGUCGUGCCAUGGAGCCCAUCAAGGUCGUGGCUGCAGCGCGUGCGGCGGGGGCUCCUGCGGUGACGCUUGCGAGUACCGAACCCACGACCGGUAG